AUUUACGUACACUUGACAGAACCUUCUUAUUGUGCUGUUCUCUGCAAUGCAGCACUCGUGAGCGGCGGAAUGCCAAAUCGAGGGACGAAAAGGCCUCGUGAAGAUGAAGACGAUGAUGUUAAAGCCCGGCACAAGCCAACCAGCCAACGGGAACGUGGCCGUCACCGGGAAGAGGAGGUCCCCGCCGCAGAGGAGAUGGAGGACGAGAAGAAGAAGCUGCUGCACAUCAUAGAGAAGGGUGAUGAGGAAGAGGAGGAGGAGGAACCACUGGACGAAAGCUCUGUAAAGAAGAUGAUCCUUACUUUCGAGAAGCGGUCUUACAAGAACCAGGAGCUUCGGAUCAAGUUCCCCGAUAAUCCAGAGAAGUUCAUGGAGUCGGAGCUGGAUCUCAACGACAUCGUCCAGGAGAUGCACGUGAUCGCGACCAUGCCCGACCUCUACCACCUCCUGGUGGAACUGAACGCGGUCCACUCCCUCCUGGGGCUGCUGGGCCAUGACAACACCGAUAUAUCUAUAGCUGUGGUGGAUCUUCUGCAGGAGCUGACAGACAUCGACACACUUCACGAGAGUGAAGAAGGAGCUGAGGUCCUGAUCGACUCCCUGGUGGAAGGACAGGUGGUAGCCUUGCUGGUGCAAAAUCUGGAGCGUCUGGAUGAAAGCAUCAAGGAGGAGGCUGACGGCGUGCAUAACACUUUGGCGAUCAUUGAGAACAUGGCAGAGUUCCGGCCAGAGAUGUGCUCGGAUGCGGCGCAGCAGGGCCUGAUGCAGUGGCUCCUCAAGAGGCUGAAGGCCAAGAUGCCUUUUGACGCCAACAAGCUGUACUGCAGCGAGGUGCUGGCUAUCCUCCUCCAGAACAAGGAUGACAACCGGGAAUUGCUGGGGGAGCUGGAUGGGAUCGAUGUGCUGCUUCAGCAGUUAUCGGUUUUCAAGCGCCAUAACCCGAGCACAGCAGAGGAGCAGGAGAUGAUGGAGAACCUCUUUGAUUCCCUGUGCUCUUCCCUGAUGUUGAGCUCCAACCGGGACCGCUUCCUGAAAGGCGAGGGGCUGCAGCUGAUGAACCUUAUGCUCAGAGAAAAGAAGAUCUCCCGGAGCAGUGCCUUGAAAGUCCUGGAUCAUGCCAUGAUUGGGCCCGAGGGGGCAGACAACUGCCACAAAUUCGUUGACAUCCUUGGCCUCCGAACCAUCUUUCCUCUCUUCAUGAAAUCCCCGAAGAAAAUCAAGAAGGUUGGCACCUCUGAAAAAGAGCAUGAAGAGCAUGUCUGCUCCAUCCUGGCCUCCCUCCUGAGGAACCUGCGGGCCCAGCAGAGAACCCGUCUACUCAGCAAAUUCACGGAGAACGACAGCGAGAAGGUGGACCGACUGAUGGAGCUGUAUUUCAAGUACUUGGAUGGCAUGCAGGCAGCUGAUAAGAAGAUCGAAGGCGAGAAGCAUGACAUGGUCCGCCGUGGAGAGAUCAUCGACGAUGACAUGGAGGACGAGUUCUACCUCCGCCGCCUGGACGCUGGCCUCUUUGUGCUCCAGCUGAUCUGCUACAUCAUGGCGGAGAUCUGCAAUGCCAACAUUGCCCAGAUCCGCCAGCGAGUCCAUCAGAUUCUGAACAUGCGGGGAAGCUCGAUCAAGAUCGUUCGCCACGUCAUCAAAGAGUACGCGGAGAAUAUCGGAGACGGCAAGAACCCGGACUUCCAGGAGAGCGAGCAGAAGCGGAUUUUGGAUCUGCUAGAGAAUUUCUGAGGACACUGCGCGUGGCUCGUGCGUGGCUUCGGCCACUUCCCUGAACUGUCGAGGGGACUUUCUGAAGAAGUUGUCUGAGAUAUUAAAGAUAUUUGCUUUGGGGUUUUUUAAGAACA